AUGACAAAAGGCAGCGGAUAUGUCCGAGUAUGGAAUGAGGACGCCAGGCCCUCCAAGCAACUGGGCCUCGAAACAAGGAGAUUCCUGACCGAGUACGCCAGGUUAGAACCGGGAGCAGGAAUAGGAACUAUGGAAAAACAUGUCAUACACAUUGCAAAAGAAGCAUUUGGAAUCGAAAGCUUCCCUUGCUUUCAAAAGUUCACGUUCCUCCAAUUCGAUCUCUGCCGCUCGCCAAAGUACCAGCUCAUCCUAGAGGAGAUCAAAGCCGGCAAUCUGUUUCUAGAUUUAGGAUGCGGACUCGGCCAGGAGAUACGCCGCCUCGUGUACGACGGGGCGCCGUCGGAGAACCUCAUCGCGCUGGAGUUACAGCAAGGCUUUGUCGACCUAGGUUACGAGCUGUUUCAGGAUAGAGACCACCUCAAGUCCCAGUUCUUGGUCCAAAGCUUCUUCGAGGACACGCCCGAGAUCAUGGGUCUGGUGGGGAAAGUGAGGGCCAUCAACUCCGGAAUGUUCAUGCAUCUGUGGGACUACGAUGUCCAAGUCGAGACGGCAAAGCGCAUGGUUCAGCUUCUGGCGCCAGAGAAGGGGGCAAUCAUUACGGGUCUGCACUUUGGCUGUUCCUCUCCUGGCAUGUGGAAGGCCGUCAAGGAUAGCCCGAUGUUCAUACACAACGAGCACUCGUUGAGGGAUCUUUGGGGUCAGUGUGCGCGAGAGACAGGAACCUCCUGGGACUUUCAGUGUGUUGUUGAAAGAUCCGAGGAUUGGCAGGAUCUCGACCCAGAGGCUUUGAAUCUGAGAUGGACGGCUGUGAGGCUUUGA